AUGGCGAAGAAGAUGUUCUUGUACCUGUUGUUAUGUCCAAAACAGUAUCCUACUAAACUGGCUCCUGCAACUCAGUAUUGGACCACAUCGCGGGAUGGUGCAGUUCAGCUCCGAAUGGAGGAGGAUGCUGCUGAAUCGCCCCUAACUGUUGACCAAAUGUUUAAUCAGUCAGUGGCAAGUUAUGGUAACCAUAUAGCUCUUGGUUUCUCUCUGAGAAAUCAUUGGGAAACACUAACUUAUUCUCAGUAUUACAAAGAAUGUAGAAAAGCAGCAAAAAGCUUCCUUAAGCUAGGUCUCCAACGUUUCCAUGGAGUUGGCAUCCUGGGAUUCAACUCUCCAGAGUGGUUUAUCGCAUAUAUAGGGGCAAUUUUAGCAGGUGGCUUGGCUGUUGGGAUUUAUGCAACAAAUUCUCCAGAAGCAUGCAGACAUGUGGCAGAUCACUGUGAGGCUGAUGUUCUGGUGGUGGAGCACCAUCACCAACUGCUGAAAGUUCUGCAGAUUGCACAUCAGUUGCCUCACCUUAAAGCGAUUGUUCAGUACAAAUAUGCAGUGGAAGAACACCAACCAAAUAUUUUUAGCUGGAAGAAAUUUCUGGAACUUGGGAAAAGUAUUUCGGAUGGAGAGUUGGACGAAAUUAUUGAGUCUCAGAAUGCCAACCAAUGUUGCACACUAAUCUACACUUCUGGAACAACAGGAGUCCCUAAAGCAGUGAUGCUUAGCCACGAUAAUAUGACGUGGACAGCUAAGACAGCAGGGCAGAUGGUGGGUCUUCAACAUGCUAGAAAAGUACAAGAAAGAGUUGUCAGUUUUCUUCCAGUGAGUCAUAUUGCAGCACAGAUGAUGGAUAUCUGGAUUCCAAUGAAGUUUGGAGCUGCAACUUACUUUGCACAGCCAGAUGCACUCAAGGGUACAUUAUUGAACACUUUAAGAGAAGUACGUCCCACAGCCUUUUUAGGUGUACCUCGUGUUUGGGAGAAAAUAGAGGAAAGGAUGAAAGAAACUGGUGCUGAAUCAUCUGCUUUGAAAAGAAGUAUAGUUAGGUGGGCGAAGGGUCUUGGCCUGCAAACAAGUUAUAAUAUGAUGCACGGAGUUACAACACGGCCCUGUGGAUACACCUUGGCAAAUGUUCUGGUAUUUAAGAAAGUUCGUGUUUUAUUAGGCCUGGACCAAUGUACUAAGUGCUUUACAGGAGCGGCACCCAUUACCAAAGAAACACUGGAAUUCUUCCUAAGUCUUCGCAUCCCAAUUUUUGAGCUUUAUGGAAUGAGCGAGAGUACUGGUCCACACACUGUCUCUCAUCAAGACUUCUUUCGAAUUACAAGCUGUGGAAAGGAGAUGACGGGAUGCAAAACUAAACUUGACAAACUAAAUGAAGAAGGGAGUGGAGAAAUAUGUUUUUGGGGAAGACAUAUCUUCAUGGGAUACCUGAAUAUGCCUGGACAGACUAAAGAAGCUUUAGAUGAAGCGGGUUGGUUGCACUCAGGAGACUUGGGAAAAAAAGAUGAAGACGGAUUUCUUUAUAUCACUGGCAGAAUAAAAGAGUUGAUCAUUACAGCUGGCGGAGAGAACAUAGCUCCAGUCCCCAUUGAGGAUGCUGUUAAGGCAAAGCUUCCUAUCAUUAGCAAUGCUAUGCUUGUUGGUGAUAAAAGGAAAUUCCUCUCCAUGCUUCUCACUUUGAAGUCUUACAUGGAUGAUCAAACGGGAGCCCCAUUAGAUAAGUUGGCUCCGGCAGCUAUUGCAUUUUGCCGUAGGUAUGGAUGCUCAGCCAAUACCGUGUCAGAUGUGCUAAAUGUAAAUGAUCCUAUAAUUUACAAAGCCAUUCAGAAUGGAAUUGACGCUGUCAAUAAAGAUGCUAUAUCUAAUGCUCAGAAAAUUCAAAAGUGGAUCAUUUUGGAAAAAGACUUCUCGAUUAUUGGAGGAGAAUUAGGUCCAACAAUGAAAUUGAAAAGAGGUGUUGUUUUGAAAAUGUACAAAGAUAUAAUUGAAUCAUUUUAUUUCGAAUGA